GUGGCACGUCACCCGAAACGACUCGAUGUAACAGUCAGACAUAAAUAAUAAUUUCAGAAAUUAAUGCACGAUCAUCGAUGCACACAUUUUUGUAAGCGUAUGCGAUGUCACUGUUUUCAUUAAAUUAUUGCUAUUGUAAUUGUAAUUUGUAGAAAGAAAUUUCACGAUAGUACUUGCCCAUCUACAUAUGCGCAGACUUGCGUAGUUGAGUGAAAAUUGCGCGCCAAUAUCUUGAGGAUGUCCAUUACAAAUUAUGAAGUGAGGUAUUGUCGAGUUACGGUAUUUAGACUUGCUUCAAUUUCAUUUAUAAUCUAAUAGUUACACGUAGUUAAUUAAGUGGUACGUUACAUUAGUAUGGAUCAUUUUUGUGAUGAAUUGAAAUGAAAGCUCUAAAGUAAAAGUAGCACUGAUUUGAGAAACAAACGGGAAUGUAUAAAUUUUCAGUAUCAAUUCACAGAUUUGUUUAGCAGUAAUAUCUAUGCGAAAUAUUUAAAAAAGACUAUUCUGUUCCAAUAUGUCAUUCUUUUCGUAUACAUAUAUAUAUAUAGAUGAGUACGCCGGUGUGGCGUGUUACCACGUGUUACGUUAUUUUGCGGCAAUCUUUUAAAAGCGGUACGCGUGAAAGAACGUUUCCUACACUUGUGACGUUGUUGUGUUGAGUGUUGAUUUUUUUAUUUUGUGGAGACAUACGUACUGGACUGGUUGAAAGCUACAAAGCGGUAAUAUUGGAACAUCAGAAACAAAAAAUGGAAGACGAAAGUUCCUUCGCCGCUUUGUUAGACGAUUCCACAUCCGAUGACGAGAAAUCUAUCAACGAUUAUUCAUCCAAGUUGAAGGAUGCUUUGGAGAAUUUCGUUCAGAGAUAUGACACAGAAUUAUUGCAACAGACUCUGCAGGAUUGUUUGUCCUCGUGCCCAGAAAAUUUAUUAAAUCAGAAUAUUUUCAACGAAACACUUCCCUUCGCUUAUUCUCUCCUGUCUGAGGCUUUAACGCAAAUUGAUAAAACGAUAAACGCAAGUACGAAUCGAGACAAGAAGCAAGAUGUGAAACGACAAUUACUCGUUUGUCACGAAUUAUUGAGCGUAUGGGAAAGAUCCAUGGAACGCGUGUCGAAAUUCAGUAAAACGUCUGCGACUGAUCUUAAGUGCAUACUGGAAAAUGUGUCUCCUGCGAUUAAAUCCACGUUCGAGCAUUGCAGAACAAGUAAAACUUUUUACGGGAGUUUGCUUGAGGACGUUUCGGAGGAAUUGACGAAUCUCUUUCGCAAAGCGAAAACGAUCUUGAAUCUAUUCUUAGCCACUUUGGACGGUGUAAUAGUUUUCGACACGGAUACGGAAUCUGAAACGGACUUGUUGAUAAAAGUGAUCGACUCGAUAGGACUGUUCGUUAACAUUGCAAACGAGUUGGAUCUAAGAGCCUUCGUAGAGACCGCAAAAAUGUUUGGCAAAUUGGCGAUUAAGCAUCAACAAACAGUGCAACAAAUUGAUGUUACGAUUGUCACCGGGCAUGUUGCACAAUUGACAAAAAGUAUAUCUCUUAUGCUGUUGUUCUAUCAGGAUACGUCAGCUCAGAUCGAUGAAAAAAAGAUAAGAGUUGUUGGUUUCUCGCUAAAAAUUUUAGACAAAUUAUUAACAGCCUAUUGUUCGUACAUUAAUAAUGAAAUUCUGGAAUGCGUAAUCGACCUCUUGUUAAAAAUCUUCAGGUGUUCUCCACUAUGUUUGCAAAAAGAUCAGUUUGACGAUAAGUUGAUCGAAGUAAUAAACGUUCACAUCUCAAAGGGCGCGGAUGCGUUUUUAAAUACUACUUUUAAAUCUUCGGAUUUCAAGCAGGCCUUUUUUGAAUAUGGGACUCGGGAAAAUAUCGACAAGCUAGGCUAUCACUUGUCAAUUGUUAGCAUAAUGAACAAAUUACUCGGUAUGUCACACGAGCAGAGUUGUACGUGGACCUUAGGUGAUCAAUCGAUUAUUGAUCUUGCAUUCACUAACAUUAAUUAUAUACAGGAAGAGAUUUGCGUGGGUGAAGCGAGAUUGCCUGGUGUACACGACAUAGGAGAGAGGCAAAGAUCCGCGUCGCUGUAUGAAGCGACGUUGGUAUCAAUUUGUGGUCUGAUCAGCCAAAUUCCUGCGGAGGGGUUCUACGCCAUCGAACUGAUUCUGUUGAAACAUUUACUUGGAAGUCAGUUAUGGAGUUCUUUACUCAGCGCUGAUACUUGGUGUUUUGUCGCCCGUAUUGGAUCUUCGGAAUUGUGCGCUAGUCACGUUAAAUACCUGUUGAAAGUUCACGCCGCUUUAAUGAAACGACGUAACAGUCUCGAGAUGAUCAUAUUAGAGAAUUUAAUAGGGAGACUGUAUAGUUUACUGUCAGAGGACACGAGACAUGAUCUUAUGAUUGAGAUCGACGAUCUCGAAAAUCCAUCCUGGACGGAAGUCGCUCGAUUUUUACCACCGAAGACGAAGUCAGUUUUACAGACUCGAUUGGCGUCCGUAUUGAACGAAAUCCCGAGCACGUUUAUAGAAUUGCAGCGGCAACCGACCGUGCAAAACUGGAAUCGUUUCACUCUGUUAAUGAUUCUCAUGGGAAAACUUAAUUAUCUCGGAGAAAAGAAUAUUGCUGACAUGCUGUCUCAAAUAUGGAACUCUGUCGCGAACACUAUUGAAGUUUUCGAAAACAGGCAGUUAGACAUAUUAUCGGAGUUUAUGUUAAAAUUAUUCAGCGUCACGCAACCCGAAAAAAUUCAAAAGAAUACUCUUUCAUCGAUUCUUGAAGCAAUUUUAGCAUCACUAUUAUGCUGUCCGCCGCACGUGAAAGUGAUGGCCUCGCAUUACUUAAGAAAUAACGUUAAAUCUUUUGACAAUUGUGAAGUCAGAACGGCGAACGCUUUGGCAGAGCUCAACUGUUGCCUUUUGGAAGACGAGAAUCCGUGGGUACGGCAGGAAGCCCUGGAGUCAUUCGUUUAUGUGACUCACAUGUGCCCAAACGACGACUUAGUUACCAGAAUAGUCAGCGCUAUUACCAGAAAAUCAUCUCUAAGCGAUUCGCUGCCCGCUUAUCUAUCCGACAGGACUUAUUACGAGCUUCGGGACUUCGCGGACGUUCGAAGUUACUUGCGGCAUGUUGUAGUGCAUUCCCGAGAUAUCCGUCACGUUUGCGAUAACUAUGAGGCUUUUGAAAGAAAUGAGAAGCUCGCUAAACUCGAGAAUCGACAUGUCGAUAAUUCUGACGAAAGUCCGUUAAUGACGAAAGAGCUCGAUGAAUGUGUGAACAAGCUGUGCGGCGAACUGAGCGAGAUUACGAAAAAGAGCGAUGCAAUCGGGAAGGACGUCUUAAGAAAAUUGCGAUUAGUCUGCGAAAAGUUUUUAGACAUUACCACACCCAAAUAAAUUUCAUAUUUUUUCAUUAAUUAUACGAAUCAGGUACACUGUGCGACGAUCAUAUAAAAAAGCGAUCUCUUUUUUUAAAGUGUCAAUCUAUUAAGUUAUUUAAAUACGAAUUAUGUAUCUAAAUUUGCUCAUAGUGUGUGCAGAGAAAUUGUAUAGAUAGAAUAAAAACGGUGAAAUAAGUUA